ACUUGGCAGCAGGUCUUUCUAACAUCAAUGACAAUCUUACCGACCGUCUCCAGGACAGCAACAGCAAGCUUUACUCCAUGACUGAAGAAAGAAACCUGCUGCAUGUUAACCUAACCAAAGUGAUGAAAAAGCUGAACAGAGCGAAAACAUGUCCUACAGGAUGGAAUAAGUUCAGUUGCUCCUGUUACUUCCUCUCUACAAAGAGCGGUUCAUGGGAUGAAGGAAGAAAGGAUUGCAUAACAAGAGGAGCAGAUCUGGUGGUGAUAAAUGAUAAAGACGAACAGGACUUUAUUUCCAGUUUUGCUAAUGAAGCAGCUUGGAUUGGUUUGAUCGACAAAGAAACUGAAGGUUCUUGGAAGUGGGUGGAUGGGACCUCUAUGACUCUUUCAUUCUGGGGAGACGAUCAGCCUGAUAAUUGGAAGGGUGAUGAAGACUGUGGGCAAUAUAUAAACAAAAGGUGGAACGACCUUUCCUGUGCAGCUUCUCUCAAAUGGAUCUGUGAAAAACUACCGCCAUGGAGUGCCUGAAAAAUAUCUGCUGUUAAUGUAAUCUAAACAUUAUAAUUCCCUUAAUUUAAGGUAUAGUGGAAGAUUUCUGCAAAUAUUUGAAAAGACCCAACCUUAUUACUUUAACAAAAAAUAUAUA